CUGGCAGCCAGAAAGUCGUUUACUUGCAAGAAAGGUGUCUCCUACUGAUUCCCUUCCUCUUCUGGUAUUAACCCUCUUUCUUCUCCGUCUCUUCUUUCCAUACACAUCUCUCAACUUGAUUCAAUCUCGGUGUUUUUUGCGUAUGGUUUCUUCUUAAUUUUUCUUUGAAAUUUCGUUAAACCUAGAUCGAAUCCUCUUCUUCCGGUUGUUAUUAUUAUUAUUAUUUCAUUAUUUUCUUUCUUCAUUUCUUGCUUGUUGCCAAUCAUUGAAUCUGUUCGGGGCUUUGUUUGUCACCAGAGCGUUUUCCUAUUUGAUUUGUUCUUGAUUUCGCACGGAUUCAUAUCUGUUCUGUGAAUUAUGCAGUGAAAGUGUUAGUUCGUAAUGUAAUUUGGAUAAGGAUGACUAAUGUUGUAGCCACUAAAUUUUUAUGGUUUUUUUUUGUAUUGUUGAGGAGUGUUGUUGCAAAUCUUAGCUAAUUUGUGUUGUUGGAUGAAAUUCUUGGUGCAUUUCUCAGGUUUUUUAGUUGGCGAAGGAUCUCCUUAUAUUCAUUAAUUUGAGAGUGAUUCUUGACUCUUUCUACGAACUGACGCUAAGAUCGGUGGAUCCUUUAUCCAGUGUGUGAAGUUGCUUUCAUCUGAGGCAUGUGGCUCAUACUUACUGAAUUAUAGAGAUAUGGUGUUUGCCUGAGGCUUCUUGUUUAGCUGAAAUACAUAGCUGGGAGUUAUGACCAUUCAAAAGAAUCAGAAUUCAGUGUAACAGUUUUGUUUGUCUGUCAAAACAUGUUCAAUGGAUCUUUUAGGGGGAAUCUUAGUUCCAUUUUUUAUGAAUAUUAAUAUUCAAGAGAGAGCCACUCAUGCAAACCUACUUUCAAGUUUCUAGGCAUUCAAGGUUUUCUGGCACUUGGCAGCUUCUUGAACUCUUUUAAGUGUAUCAGAAUGGAAAGCUAAUGGAAUAAAUUGCUCGAAUUACCACUGCAAUUUGGUGUGCUGUCAAUUUCUUAUCUAGCUAUUAAAAUAAAACUGAAAAUGGAGCUGAAUAGUAUUAAAGAUGCAUUUGAUCGUGUUGCAAAGAAGCAGAAGCUCUCCUGCUGUAAGACCCAAGAAGUUAUUGAUCAGGUUAUCCAAGAAAUUGAAACGGCGUGGGAGAUGAUGUGUUCAACAGCCUCUGAUCAUAAUCUGGUCCUUGCUGAAUUGAAGAAAAUGUUGAAUGAUAUUGCCCCACUCAGCCAAAUAGAAGGCACACAGAAAGAACUAAAUAUAGCACUGAGCAAGUGCCUGAAAGCUCUUGAAAAACUCAAUCCUGAUAUUUCCAAGGCUUACCGAAACGAAGAAUUUGAUGCACAUACAGUUAACCACAUAAUUGCAAGCCAUUUCUAUCGGCAGGGGCUGUUUGAGGUUGGUGAUUGCUUCAUAAAUGAGGCCAAGGAACCAGAUGCUGCUGUUGCCAUAAGAUCACUUUUCCAGGAAAUGUACCAAAUACUUGAAGCCAUGAAGGGUAGAAACCUAGAGCCUGCAUUGAAAUGGGCCACCAACAAUUCUGAUAAACUGAAGGAAAAUGGGUCAGACCUUCAGCUGAAGCUUCAUCAUUUGCAGUUUGUGGAAAUUCUACAAAAGGGGAGCAGAGAUGAAGCUCUUAAGUAUGCUAGAAUGCAUUUUGUUCCUUUUGCUGGCAACCAUAUGUCUGAAAUCCAGAAACUCAUGGGCUGUCUCUUGUGGGCUGGUAGACUUGAGCAGUCCCCAUAUGCUGAAGUAUUAUCACCAACCAAUUGGGAUAUUGUAGUUGAGGAGCUUACCAGGCAGUUCUGCAAUCUUAUGGGGCAGUCAUAUGAAAGCCCAUUAAGUGUGACUAUUGCAGCAGGGGUGCAGGGGUUGCCCCCACUUCUGAAGUUUAUGACCGUGAUGGCAGGGAAGAAGCAGGAGUGGCAGUCAAUGAAGCAAUUGCCUGUGCCAGUAGAGUUAGAUAGUGAAUUCCAGUUCCACUCUAUAUUUGUUUGUCCAGUGUCUAAGGAGCAAUCAACAGAUGAUAAUCCACCCAUGAUGAUGACAUGUGGCCACGUCCUCUGCAAGCAGUCAAUCAAUAAGAUGUCAAAGAACAGCACAAAAUCUUUCAAGUGUCCAUACUGUCCUUCUGAUAUUGAUGCCGGACAAUGCAGGCAGUUGUACUUCUGAUGUAUUCCCCUAACAUGUAAAUGGGAUUGUAUCAAAACCUUCUUCCCUCUUAGAUGAAAUGAGACGAGUAGAACUAGGAAUUGUUGUGAUAUGGUUUAGCCAAUGCGGCUGUGUUGGCAAUUCUGCUCUGUAAUUCUGUACUGUUAAGGUUGAACGUUGUUGUAAAUAGAAAUUCUUUCAACAUUCAUGUCGGGAAUUGAUUAAUGUGUGGCUUUGCAUUCUAGCCUUAUACCCUAGCCCUAGAAGAAUACAUGGACAAAGAAAGGGAGUAACAUUGCCCCUCGGCUGUUGCUUGCUCUGUAAGCCUUUCCAGGAGGUUGGCCUGCAGGAUAUAGCUUUAAAUUCAUACUAAUGACCAUAAGGUCUCCACCCCCAAAAUGCAUCUGUUUGCCUUUAUAUUAAUGAACGUGAAAUAUGCAUAACAGUUAACACAAUGGACGAACGAAGAUACCUAUAUCGGGUUUGGGUUGAUUAGAGUAUAAACAAAGCUGUGCUUCCCAACUUCAAGAUGCGCCUCCAAAAGCCACUUCAACAUAUAAAGAAGGAUCCUAGCAAAUGGGAGAACAGAUGAAGCCUAACUUCACCGACGUGGUCCUUCCCAUGUGAUUAGCUGCUGCUUUAGGGGAUGGAAUUCAUGCUUCUUUUCAUUGGAAUUAAGGUGAUUUCAUAAUUACGUGGUCCAUGAGCUUAAACUUUAGACCAACUUGCUUCUUGCAUUUCUUUGGAUAAUUGAAUUCUUUCAUUGGAUCGCGCCGUCUCUUCUCUUAAUGCUUCCAGCUUACACCAAUGAUGUUUAAUAACAUUAUUAAUGCCUAUAGCUUGAAUUUAGACUCGGGAGCUUGCUUGCUUCUUGUGAAUUCCCUAGUCGUGGGUUUACCAAAAAUAAACUACAGUCAAUUUAUAAAUUUAAUAAUGUUGU